GGAGUGGUGCCAUGGAAGCUGACCUGAUUGGCUCAGAGCAGUGAAGAGACUCCACGCCACACGACGCCACGCCAAGCUGAACUGAACUCCUCUACAAGAGCAGACACAACUCUUUACUCUUCUCCAACAAUCUACUCAACUCUCCUCCAGCGAAGAGACUCCACGCCACGAGCUGACACUACUCUCCUCCAGCGAAGAGACUCCACGCCACGAGCUGACACUACUCUCCUCCAGCGAAGAGACUCCACGCCACACGACGCCACAACUCUCCUCCAGCAAAGAGACUCCACGCCACGAGCUGACACUACUCUCCUCCAGCGAAGAGACUCCACGCCACGCCACAACUCUCCUCCAGCGAAGAGACUCCACGCCACGCCACAACUCUCCUCCAGCAAAGAGACUCCACGCCACACGACGCCAACUCCUCUACAAGAGCUGACACUACUCUCCUCCACCUCUACCGACACAAGCUACUCAACUCUCAUCGAACUUUACUCUCCUCCAACUCUCUCUCUCGACCAACUUCCAAGCUGCGGAAGUUCUACUUUCACAAGAGCCGGGUUCUUUUACACAACUCUCCACUUUCUCCUCCAAGUCUGUACUCUCCACGCGGCUAACCUCUCCUCCACUUCUCUACGUCUGUCUUCAAGAUCUGCACUCUCCUCUUCUUGUGUGCCACUCCACUCCUUUCCAAGACCUGCUCUAUCCUCCUCUCCUCUCCUCUUCUCUUCUCUUCUCUUCUCUUCUCUUCUCUUCUCUUCUCUUCUCUUCUCUUCUCCUCUCUUCUCUUCUCUUCUCUUCUCUUCUCUUCUCUUCUCUUCUCUUCUCUUCUCUUCCCUUCUACUCCUCUGUUGCCUUGCUGGAAAAAAAACCCACAACAACAAGGUGUCCGUGAUGGCGGAGGGUGUUUGCGUGAAGACGUCGCUGCUGGUGUGUGUGGUGUGUAUGUGUGUUAGUCAGCUGGCCCAAGGACAACCGCUAAGGCGCAGGUCCAUCAGUGAGGUGCAGUUGAUGCAUAACGUGCGGCAGCAUCAGCAGGUCUCUGACAGACAGGAUUGGCUACAGCUGAAACUCAACAACAUCCUCACGCCCACACACACACACACACAAGCACAACCAUCGCCCUCACACACACACACACAAGCACAAGCAUCGCCCUCACACACACACACACAAGCACAAGCAUCGCCCUCACACACACACAGCUCCCCGUCAAACGCACAGCCGCGUGCCUCACACACACAAUCGCGUGUCCUGCCACCCGGCGACAAGAAAGCCAAGAACAAGCGGCGCACGCUCAGCUCCCUGGACACUCCACUGCGCUCCCGCAGCACCAAGACGCUCGACACACCCAUCAGGAGAGCCGACACGCCCAUUAGAAUCCGGAACACCUCCCUAAAGACCCUGAACACACCCCUAGCAACCUCCCCUAACAACACGCUGAGAACCCUGAAGACCGUACACACACCCCUGACACGCCCAGACCAGGCACACACACCCCUGACGUCGCUUAGCAACAAGAAGGCUGGGCACCUGCCCAAGAAUACACAACAGGAUUCUGAGGACCCCUAAGAAGGCCCUAACAUCCCAUAAUGCUGCCAUGGCAACCCUUAACACACCCCCAACAUCCCUUAGCCAACUGCUGCCAUGGCAAUCCUUAUUCUGUUGCCAUGGCCCCUAACAUCUGCUACCAUGACAAUCAUGAGAACCUCAUAGACACCGCUGACAUCCCAUAAUAUUGCCAUGACAACCGUGAUGACCUCAUAGAUACCCCUGACCUCCCGUAACAUUUUGGGCCUCCUCAAGGAGUGUUUGAUGCACCCUAACCACACAAAUAGACCAGGCGCGAUGCGAUUCAAGCGACAGAGCGAUACGCGCGACUGAAGCGACUACAGUAUGUCCGUUACAAGCAGAAGGCAAAGCAUUCAAACAUUCCCAUUGGCUGUGGUCACUGACCUCUAUACAGUCAUUGGCUGUCGGGGCUGGUCGCCGAACCGCGUCAUAGAAAGUUGAAAGGAUUUCAACUUCAAACUGUCGCGCUCGUCGCGCAAAUCGCCUCUAGUCUCCAGAAUUGCUUUUGUUGCAUGACUCAAUACAAAGUCAAUUACUUCCUCUGCUCGCCUCGCUCUUGUCGCGGUAGGUGUAUUUGUGCGGUAAUUGUCACAUGUCCAGACUUCUGACGUCCCUUAACACACACACCCCAAUACACAAGAGAUGCAUGGACACACUCAUAUGAAACGCACACCUAACACACAUAGACUCAUAGGAAUCAUAAACAGACACCCAAUAUACAUGGCUGAAUGCACCCUCUCUCUAGUCCUCUCCUCUCCUCUCCUCUCCUCUCUUCUCCGUUCCUCUCUCUUGUCCAUUCCUCUCUCCUCUCCUCCUCUCCUCUCCUCUCUUCUGUCCUCUCGUCUCUUCUCUUCUCUUCUCUUCUCUUCUCUUCUCUUCUCUUCUCUUCUCUUCUCUUCUCUUCUCUUCUCUUCUCUUCUCUUCUCUUCUCUGUCUUCUCUUCUCUUCUCUUCUCUUCUCUUCUCUUCUAUUCUCUUCUCUU